UUCUAAUAUUCAUAAGGUUUUCAAACGAUUAAAAAUAUAGUGUGAAAGGUAUCGGAUGAUGUUAUAAAAUAUUGUAACAGCUCAACUAUCGGAAGCACAGAUACAAAAGUUAGCUCGAGAACAAAAUUGCUUUCGAAGACUAGUGAAAUGGGUUUGUCAAUUAAGAACGGUUACGAGGAACACGUAUCCGAUCUUGAACAGUCUUCUUGAACGCAUCGGAAGGAGGGAUUUAAUCGCGUGUCUCGCAGAACUCAGCAUGAAAACUUCCAAGUCACCGAAAGUAAUUCGCGAAGCCCAAGCGGACGAUUUGGACGAAUACGAAGGAGUCGCGACAACAGCCACGCUGAAAGAGAAAGAUAGUAAUACAGAACCUCAACUCUCGGAGCAGAUGAUUCAGAAGAUCAGCGGACGUACUACUAUCAAACUGUCGUUGCACAGCGCAGGCAUCGUUCUCGCUUCAAUCAUAGUCGUAUCUUGUUUAUGCACUUUACUUAUAAGGAACAGACUGAUGAAACUAUUCGAUAGAAUACGAGGGAAGAAGAAGAAAGGUAAAUUUAUCGCGAUCGGAGAUGACAUAGAGGAUGUGUCUAGAAGUUACUUCAUUCGAAAGCCACGAAUAAAAAGGAAACGACCUCCGUCGUACGAAUUGGUGCACACAGCCACGCAAAACACCGCGCCACCUCCAUCUGUACCACAGGAACCGGAAGAACCAGAGCCGACGGCUUGUUACAGAUGUUACAAGAAGAAACGGAAGAAAAGCACCAAAAGACCGAAGAGAUGAAACAUGUAAUUAAAUGUACCAUUUAAGAUAAACAUGAAAAGACUCCUGCAUGGGUUGUAUAAAGCUCUCAUUAAACGUUCACGCGUGUAAUUUUUCUUUGCAACGAUCGUACACUGGCUCGUGAACGUUUACCAUAAAAAGUUCUCAUCAACGCGCAAUUUGUUGAAAUUUUAAUCGUAAUUAUAUUAUUGGUCAAAUUUGAAACUAAUUUAUACACAUUGUACGAUCUCGAGAACCAGUGGACGGAUUUUCAUGCGAUUUUCACCAUUCUUCAAAAGCAUUUCUCGAGUAAGAUUUAGGUUCGUGAAACGUUACACUAUGACAAAAGGAAACAGGAAUCGAAAAUAUUUAUAAACCACAGACAAUUUACGACCAUUCGCAACGCAAUGGUGACCUUCUACGCUGGAAUUGUAUUUUGUUUAGAAUCGCUGCCACUAUACAUAUAACGAGGUCAUGCGAUCCCCCCUCUCCAAGCAGCGUCUUCUUCUCUUCGGCGUAUGGCAUGUCAGAAACUGCCUCGCAACGAUAUUGUUUCACGGACUACAAAAUGUUUACUGAGCCAAUAGAAAUUCACCAAACCGUCGUCCAUAUUAUUAAAAACAAUUUUAUUAAGGUUCAGGACAAAGACCGGUCAUAUGAGCUGGUUAGAAGAUAUAUGUAGAGACGACAAGAUAUUUAUUGCAAACAUACACCUCGUAAUUUAGCAUAUAACAAGAAUAGAGGAGAAGAAGAAUUAUCUCAUUAAAUACCGCAGUUUACUAAUAUAAUUAAUAAUUGACCUUUUAAAUGCUUUCACGGUCUUUGCGAAAUGUGUACUUGCAACAAAUAUUUUGUAACUUCUAUAUCUAUACAUAUUCAGAUACAUCCCAAAUUUCACAAUUUUUUAGUACAGCUAGCAUAAUAUGUCCAUAAAAAGAUUCUUUAAGUAUCCAGGUAUUUCCAUGGGUCGCUGUGUGUCUAUUUGAUAAAAUAUAUUUGGCCACUCGACCAUGUAUAACUUCAACAACUGCAAAUUACCGAAUGAUGAGCGAAUCAUUCGAAAUUCGUCAGAGUUGAUCCCGUCUUAUUUGAAACUCGCCGAAGUCCGUCAGCCGUGAAAUUCGCCGAAGUUAAUUUCUCGCGAAACAAAGCAAAGGACGAUCAUUUUAUGUCGCCGUUUCGAGACGUUUCGUUUCGUGAACCUCACAAUGAAAGAAUUAUCAAGGACGCACGAGUGGCCCACAAGGUUAAGCCUCAUCGUUAUUCUAUUGCGAUACGAUGUCCUCGGCACGAUCGACGUCAAUUUAAACGAGUUGGAAUAUUUAGCCGCACGUCUUAAUCCUUUCGAGUGUCGACGCUUGAUAGCUGCGCUUCAUUAUAUCACUUACGAUCUACCGAACAAUCUUGCAGCUGCUGGUAAAUAGGUCGAUGAUCGAAUAGAAUACAAUAGCGACCAUAUCAGUUCUUCUUAUUGGAAGAAAUAUAUUGUAAUUGUAAAAUCAGUGGAAAAUUGAAUUAUAUCCAUCUGGUAUAAUGAAGAGAUUGAUAGACACGUCAAGAAACAUAAGCUAUGAUUUCAAUCGAGAUUUACUUAUUAACUUCUUCGAUUCUUUCUAUUGCUUCUGGGUGGGAUUCAAGUCGGGGGAUCGUUAUAACUAGAUCGUGAAGUGAAUAUUUAUUUAUUUUGUACUUAUAUGAAACCACGUAGAAUGUACAUAAUUCCCAAAAAUACAGAGAAUACUGCCGUGUAGCAUCGGACACGUAAAAACAACAAAAAGAGUUCGUAUAAACGCGUGUCUUAUUUGACUGCGUUUGUGAGCUAUAGCAAAUUUUACGUUGGAAUAAUUUGCCCGCUGGCAGUGUCGAAAUACUUCGCGAGAGAAUCGAGCAAGGCUUCCAGAAAAUCAAAACGAUACCUGGAGAAAUAGGAAGGGUAAGACGGUCAAUGGGUAAAAUGUCGCUGGGCUUGUGUUCGAAUGCAAGAAGGGUAUUUUCAACAUCUUUUGUGAAGGAAUGCAGAUAUAGUUCGUCAAAACUCGUAACUCGAAAAGUAGGUCAAAUGGGGUAUACGAACUUCUUUUUAUUGUUCACGUGCAGAAUCUAUCGUCGA